AUGCCCGACCCCAUUGCUGCAAAUCUACAGCACAGGAGCAGUUGCAGUGGCCUGGGCAAUGCAGGCUACCACUGGAAUAAACAAACAAUGGACCUGUACGAGACGGUACAAGCCAGGUCAGCUCAACCCAGACACAAUGAAGGUUGCCAUAUAAGAAAUGUUUUUAACUUCUUAAAUCACAAAAAGAUUGUUGAAACAGUGCCUGGUACUGGUCAGUUGCGUGGAACUGAACUUGAUGAUUCAGUCCCAGGCAUAAGCUCCAAUGAAGGCGGUGGAAGUUCUGCCAUGAAGCUACUUGAACAGGAGGUGAGCAACUUAAAGAAAGUGAACCAUGAUCUUCUAAUACACUUGGAAGAGAUGCUUGAGAUACCAAAGCAGAUAUAUCUUGUAAUGGAGCUGUGUGAGGAUGGAGAACUAAAAAUUCUUUGUAGUAAAGGAUGUUUUACAGAAAAUGAGACAAGGCACAUCAUUCAGAAUCUUGCUUCAGCAAUAGCGUAUCUUCACAGAAAAGAUAUUUUUCACAGAGAUCUAAAACUGGAAAACAUUUUAGUUAAAAGCAGUGACAUCAAUGAAGCAAAUGAAAUGAAAUUAAAUAUAAAGGUCAUCGAUUGUAAUGGUGUCAUACCUAGGCCAGACACCUACAAAACAUCCUUUGAUGCAGCCUUCCACUUUGACAACGAACAAGUUACAACCCCUGAAGUUUUCAGUGCCUAUGACUACAGCCAACAGUGUGACAUUUGGAGCAUAGGUGUCAUUAUGUACAUGCUGUAA